GUCAAAUGUGUCACUGAACGAGCCAUCAGGCAAGUGUCAUUUUUGGAAAACAAGUUCUGCUGUUGCGGCGAAAUAUUUGCAGUAAUUUGUGUAAUCAUGGAUACAUUACAAUUAAAACCUAAAGUCGAAGCUAGCCAGUCUACGGACGAAGAGCCAUUGAAGAAAAUAUUCGAUGACGCUAUGAAGAUAUACGACAACAUUGAAAAAGGUAGCGAGCCGACAAAUAGUAAUGCCGUUCAGUUAAGCGUAAAAUCAGCAAUAGCAAAGUUCGAGAAAGCCACAAACCUGGUGUCCAUGACGGGCAUGUUCAGUAAGAACGAGAGCCUGGAUGAGCUGCCUACGGAGACCCUGCAGUAUCUACUGCUGCCCGCCCUGCUGGGGUCACUUAGUCUGAAGCUGUGUAACCAACCACGGCUGGAUCUGGUUAAUGUUGCUGAGAUUUAUUUUAGAGACUACCUACAGAGGUGUAAGGACUAUGGAGUAACAGACCUUGAAGUACCACAGACUAGCACACCCUCAAAUGCAGUUGAUAGGCCACAGAGUGAACAAGCCAAGAUUGCAGGUUUGGUCCAAACAAGAGAAGCGAAGAUCAGAAGGUACAAGGAGAACAAAGAGUUACAAGAACAACUCAGCAAACUGUCCAAAGCCAUGGAGAGCUCCGCAGACGAGGAGACCAAGAGAGCGUACUUCUUGAAGCUGCUGCAGAGUUACAUCAACCAGUCCUUUGAGGAGCUCAGCAGUAUUGAGCAGGAGAAGUCCAUUCUAGAGUAUAUGGCUAAGCAUGCUGGAGAGCCGAAGCCUAAAGAACGUCCUCGCGCUCCCCUGAAACCGGUCAUCAUAGCUCGCGACGCUGUGCAGAAGGCCGUGUUCGGAGCCGGAUACCCUGCUAUACCUACUUAUACGGUCGAGGAGUUCUAUGAUCAGAGGGUUAAGGAGGGAAUUUUCCCCGGUGCGUGCACGAAUAUACCGCAUACCACUAUACAGAACACAGAGAAUGAUGCAGAUGAGGAAGAGAGGAUACGAAAGGAACGUCUGGUAGAAGAAGACGACCCUGAAGAGAGAGCCAGACAGAACAACAUGGAUGAGUACAAAGACGACCACCGACGCGGCUGGGGCAACCGGUACAACAGGAGUUAGGCACCUCUGUAGUAGGCUACCAUCGCCAGCCACCACGAUGACCUGAUGAACUGCAAGAAGUUGGCCCACUGUACCCUAUGAUGGCCCACUAUAAAAUAUUGGCCUACUGUACUAGAAAAUGUUGGCGCACUGUAUUCGAAAAUGUUGUCUCUUUGUACUCGAAAAUGUUGGGCCAUUAUACCCUAUGAUGGCCCAUUGCAUCCCAAGAAGUCGGCCCACUAUAUCCCAAGAAGUUGGCCAACUACACUCUACGGAGGCCUGUAUUGGAAAAGGUUGGCCCAAUGUAUUCUAUCUAGCUGGCCAACUUAGUAUGCAGCAUGGAAGAUGACGUCAUUUGUCACAGUCUACUUAAUACAGUUGGUCAGUGCCAGUAUUUGAAGAUUUGACCAGCUGAGAGUGAUAUGUAUGUGCGGUAUGCAGACUGUGGGUUCUCGAAUGUGAGAUACGUAAUACAUAAUAUUGUUUGCUGUACCGGAUUUUGUUUAAUGAAAUGGAUAAUGUAUUAUUUUGUUGUUAUUACAGACUGCUGUAUAGA